AAAAAAUCUAUGAAUUCAUAAGUUCGGUGCAAUUUGAGACCGAUGAAGCUGAUUUUAGGGAUGAUAAACUCAAGUUUCGUCUGUUUAACCACAACCACUCCAUAAUGAAACUUGAGUUCGCCGAACAUUUUGGUAUUCCGGUCCCUUACCAAAAAUCCAUAUCCGAUAAUACCGCUUUCGGUCAUACCGUGUGGACAAAGAUGACCGGGGAGACUAAAUUUAGCUCCUCCCAACUGUAUAUUAGUCAUGUCCAACAUCCCGUCCUCCGCCUAUUCUUGAAAUUCCUUGUCAAUUGCUUGCUUGGACGUCCCAACAAUCAUCACACUAGGAUGGGGGAUGUAUGCCUAAUGUAUGUGGCCUUAUUCCGUGUUCACGUGGAUUUCAAUCUGUGUAAUCUUAUGUGGGCACAUCUGAAAAAGGAAAGCGUAGCCAAGGACGCUAUUGUGGUGGGUGGGGUGAUUAUGCACUUAGCCACCAAGUUCGGGUAUACGGAUAACUCUCCUAUACCCGACUACUGUUUGAUGAACAUCUCUUGGUUGGGCCACUCGGGAUGUACAGCCUUUUCCCACACAGUUUAUGGUGGAGAAAGACCAAAGAAUAUGUACAACUGGCUCAUACACCCCAAGCCUCUCAAAUACUUCCUCCUACCCAACCAAGAACUCCCCAAACUCCGCUACAGAGAAGCAGUAUAGGAGCCCCAUUACCUCUUCCCACACGCCCUUCCACCACAUCUCCAGGAACCGGAGCAAGAACCUCCCCAAUACCAACCCGAUUACGAGCCCUAUGCUCAACUCCAUAGCCAUCAAGACAUGGGCAAUGACAUCCCCGAACAAAACCAAAACCCUCCACCACCCGACUUCUUUCAACAACUUUUGGAGGGUCAACAACAAUUACUUACGGGGUACAUUCAAAUGAACGCGAACUACAUGGCUAUGGACAACCGGCUCAACCAAAUACAGGAGGAGCAAAGAGCCGGUUUUCAGCGAUUGGAGGAGGUCCGGGAAGCCGAUAGGCAUCGGUAUGAAGAAGAUCAACGUAGGUUCUACGGACCUAUGUACUCUUACAUGGAACAGCAGGGAUCUUUUCAUACCAUGGCAAACCCCCCUCCACCACCCUCGUGGUAUGACCCCACUCAUUGGGGUAACUUUGGAGGAUCUGGCUCCGGGGGUGGAGGGUACGACGGCGGAGAUGGCGGGGACACAUAUAUGGGAGAUGGUGGGCAGGGGAGCGGCUUCGGAGGGAGCUACUACGGCGGAGAAGGCGGGCACUAGGGACAAUGCUUGGUUCAAGUGCGGGGGAGAGACUGAUCAUGGCACUCAUUGUAUCUCUUUGAAGAAUAAGAAGAUUCAGAAAACAAAGAAGAAGAAGAAGAAGAAGAAGAAGAAGAAGAAGAAGAAGAGAAGAGGAGAAGAGAAGAUGAACACUAGAAGGCCGUAAAACCCAAGAUGUUCUUUGUAAUUUGAGUUUAAAACUCAUUUUUGUCAUCCUUGGUGGUCUUUGUGUUUGUAUGUUUUUUGUUAAAAUGUGGAAACUUUGGAAAAACUUGACAUUUGUGAACAUUUGAUCUUACUCGAGACGAGUAAAGGUUUAAGUGUGGGGGAGUUGAUACGUUUGUAAUUUCCAUAUGUAUGUUUGUGUUUUUAAUUAGUUUUGCUUGAUCUUUACUUUGGAAAUUACACAUUUUUUGUGUAAUAGAUUAGUUUGUUAAAUUCUUGUAAAUAGUUUAGAUUAGGUAUAUUCUGAGCUCAAACAGGUCUUGAUCACUCAAAGUACAGUUGGUGAACCCAAAAAGUGGAAAGAAGGUGCAAAAUUUGA